AUGAACCGCGAGAGCUUCGCCGCGGGCGAGCGGCUGGUGUCGCCGGCUUACGUGCGGCAGGGCUGUGAGGCCCGGCGCUCGCACGAGCACCUCAUACGGCAGCUCCUGGAGAAGGGCAAGUGUCCAGAGGAUGGUUGGGAUGAGAGUACACUUGAACUCUUUCUGCAUGAACUUGCCGUCAUGGACAGCAACAAUUUCCUGGGCAAUUGUGGUGUGGGAGAAAGGGAAGGGAGAGUGGUGUCCACGUUAGUUGCCCGUCGCCAUUACAGGUUCAUUCAUGGAAUUGGUCGAUCAGGUGAUAUUGCUGCUGUACAACCAAAAGCUGCAGGUUCUAGCCUUUUGAACAAAAUUACGAAUUCUUUAGUCCUGGACAUCAUAAAGUUGGCUGGUGUCAAUACAGUGGCCAACUGCUUUGUCGUUCCAAUGGCAACUGGUAUGAGUCUGACACUGUGCUUCUUAACCCUACGGCACAAGAGACCAAAGGCAAAAUAUAUCCUAUGGCCACGAAUAGACCAGAAGUCCUGCUUUAAAUCCAUGAUCACUGCAGGGUUUGAGCCCGUGGUGAUAGAGAACGUUUUAGAAGGUGACGAGUUGCGUACAGACCUGCAAGCAGUGGAGGCGAAAGUCCAGGAAUUGGGGGCUGAUCAAAUUCUGUGCGUGCAUUCCACGACAUCCUGUUUUGCUCCAAGAGUGCCUGACAGAUUAGAAGAACUGGCUGUGAUCUGUGCUAAUUACGGCAUCCCGCAUAUAGUCAACAAUGCGUACGGUGUACAGUCUUCCAAGUGUAUGCAUCUCAUUCAGCAGGGAGCUCGAGUUGGUAGAAUAGAUGCCUUUGUUCAAAGCUUGGACAAAAAUUUUAUGGUUCCAGUAGGUGGUGCUAUCAUUGCUGGAUUUAAUGAAUCCUUCAUUCAAGAAAUCAGCAAGAUGUAUCCAGGAAGAGCUUCAGCUUCUCCUUCUUUGGAUGUCCUUAUUACCUUAUUAUCACUUGGAUCAAAUGGCUACAAGAAGCUAUUAAAAGAAAGAAAGGAGAUGUUUUCCUAUUUGUCCAGUGAACUAAAGAAACUGUCGGAAGCUUAUAAUGAGAGAUUGUUGCACACACCUCAUAACCCCAUCUCUUUAGCUAUGACACUUGAGACACUGGAUGAACACAGUUACAAAGCUGUCACUCAACUUGGCUCAAUGCUGUUUACCCGACAGGUGUCUGGGGCCAGGGUUGUGCCUUUGGGGUCCGUGCAGACCGUGAGUGGCCACACUUUCAGAGGCUUCAUGUCCCACUCAGAUCGUUACCCUUGUGCAUACCUCAAUGCCGCCGCCGCCAUCGGGAUGAAGACGCAGGACGUGGACUUGUUUAUCAAGAGGCUUGGCAAGUGCUUAAAGAUAGUCAGGAAAGAACAGAGUCCAGGGAGUGACGCGUCUCAGGUUGACCAGGACACCACAACUGAAGACGGAGCCGUUGGGGAAAUGGCUUUAAGACUCGACAAUGUCCUUUCUGACAUGGACCGGGAUGCUUCCUCCUGA